AGGGAGGAGGGAGAGAAAACCAGCCACUAAUGUGUGUCAAUGGUUUGGAGCACACAGACUUUCAAUGAAGACCGGCUUAUUUUGAGGGAGUCCCUCUCUUCUUCUUUCUUCUCCAUUUGGGAUUAUCUGUUUUAGUUUGUGGUAGAAAUCGUGAGGAUGAUGAAACCUAGUCCUGACUGUGGAGGAAAGUUUAAAGUGGUGUCCCUUCAAGAAGGAGUGAGGAGAAAGUAGGAAGAGGACGAAGAAGGAUAGGAGUAUUUUUUUCUCUUCAUCCUUCCCUACUCCUCUGUUGGAGAAUGGGGGCCGGAGCUCUGACUAUCUGUCACCACAAGGCCGCCGUGCAGGUCAAGGAGGACAUGAAGAAGAUGGUACAGCUCCCCAUGCUCAGGCCCUGGACCAUCACCGGCAGCACCUCCAGUUCCAACAGCGUCGCCACCACCACAGCCAUCGCCACUGCGGAGGCCCAGGGUAGCAGGCAGUUUGGAGUGCCCCUGUCGGAGCUGUGCGCACUGGGCUUGGUGGCGGAAGAGUACGGGGUGCCCAGAGUGGUGCACAGGAUGGUGGAGCAUCUACGCACGCACGCCCUGCAUCAGGAGGGCCUGUUCAGGGUGAAUGGGAACGUGCGGGCCGUCGAGUCCCUGAGGCAUCGCCUCCAGAGUGGUGAGGAGGUGGACCUGCUGGCCGAAGGGGACGUCUGCACCGUGGCCAGCCUGCUCAAACAGUACCUCCGGGAUCUCCCAGAGGGACUGGUCCAUUCAGCUGUACAAAACGCUCUAAUAGAGCACUAUCAAGAGCGUGGCGAGGAAGGCUCGCGGGGGGACCUGAAGGCGCUGUUGGGGCGGAUGCCGGACGUCCACCACUGCCUGCUGAGCUACCUCUGCCGCUUCCUGACCGAGGUGGAGCGUCACCACGCGCACAACCGUAUGACCGCCCUCAACCUGGCCACUGUGUUCGGACCCAGCGUCUUCCACGUGUCUCCUGGGUUUGAGGCCAUUAAGGAGCAGAAUAUCUGCAAUAAAAUCAUGGCCGAGCUCAUCCAAAACUACAGCAACAUCUUCGACAGCAGCCCCGAUGGAGACCAAGAUGGCCUCACUGGCCAUUUACCGACCCUCAUCAUUGUCAAGGAAGUUCCCUUGAUGAAUGUGGACAGCGAUCGUUCCCCUGCAGAAACAAGUCCCAGGACCCCAAAGACACCGGUUCAUGUCAAGAAAAAGGUGAAGAAGGGAACAGGUGACGAGGUCUCAGUGAUCACACCACAACCCAGCUUCUCUGCCGAGCUGCCCCACAUGAGGCGGCUGGUCCCACAGCCCAGGGGCCACAACCUGGAGCCCAUGGAGAUGACCCCCCAUCCAGCCUCACCUCCCUCAAACACCAGCCCCUCCUCCAGCGUGGAUCUCCCCGACUGCUUACCAGAAGAGGAGCGAGCGAUUUCUCCAUUCUAUAUGAGUAAUCACCUAUCUCCAAUACACUGCAGACCCGAUGUCACCAAUUUUCUAGACCGCACCAUACGGGCAGCGGUACAACAGCAUCUCUUUGAGAUAAACUCCCUUGACUGUCCCCGUGUACCGGGACCUGGUUUGCGGGGACCUGGUUUGCCGGAAACUGGUUUGCCAGAACCUGGUUUGCACGGACGUCGUUGGACGGCACCUGCUUUGCAGUUACCCCAAGAGGAUACUACUUGCUUUAGUCCUCCGCCGUGGACGUCUAGUGCGAGGCAGAGACGUCGGCAGAAGAGAGAGCAGAGGGAAGAGGAGGAGGGCGAGAGGGAGCCAGAGAGAAGCAGGUCCACGUCGUCUCUCAGGGCAGACCUCCAGAAGGAGAACAUACCGUUGGAUGAGGACACCUAUGAUGCACUCAGCGAGGGUAAUGUAGCUUCUAGACCAGCUAAACAGCGGACCCAUAGAGUCAGGAACAACCAGCCAAACACCCAGCAGCACUGUGUCCCAAAACCCUGGAAGCCCAGGGCCAGCCCCACUCUGGCCCAGCAAGACCAGAACCAGGACACCCCUACGGUACAGGCUCAGGAAUGCUGCGUGGCGGGAAGUGCCUCUAGAUCUGAAGGAUUCACCAUGGAUGACCCUGCCCCCGGGAGGAGAAGGAAGGAGAGCAGGACUGAAAAUGGCCUUCCUCCUCCACAGGUAACUGCCCCCUUACCGACGUACACACAGGCACACACAAACACACACACACACACACACAUACACACAUGGUUUCACACCUGUUUAGAUGUGGCAUGACCGUGCACAGACAUGGCUGUGUUUGUCCACUGGGGUGACAAUCUUGCAUUACAGGAAUGCAGGAAUAUAUAUUUAUCGUCGUACAUGUUCUAAAAGCAUUGUCACACAGAAAUAAAGUGAGGAAUGAAGGUUUAGUCAGUUCAGCAGACCGUCACAUGUAAUAGUCAAAGUCAGUGUCGUUUCUUGUUAUAUGCCAUGUUUAACACUGGAUCAUUUCAUUACUUGGGAAAUGGUAAGCUUCCAAUACCUAGAAGGCAUGAGCAAGAAUAAUAAAUAUAUAUUUAGUCUGAUACGAAUUUAAUAACAAUUAAUAUAAAAUAAAAAUGGGGAACAUAGAUCCCCAUUUGGUUCCUCUUGAUGACCUUGUGUUCAGCAACCCUGCCGUACCAGGCAGUAGUUCAGCUAAAGAGGAUGCUCUCAGCGGGGCACCUGUGGUCUAUGAGGGCUGUGGCAGACAUACCAGGAAGUACAGGCGUUUUUGGGCAGAUAUUACCACAGAGUCCGCUUGCCUGGAUCCGGUGAGGUAUCCCUCCCGCCCCCACCCCCAGAAGCCAACGUUGGCUGUUCAAUGUUGGUCCUGAUGGGUAUCACCAGAACCAGAUUUAAACUCUGAAUGGGCCACAACCAUCUCAGCAUGUUGACACGUAGGGGUGUUGUACCAGCGACGAUCUCCAAUGGA